UCGCAUCCUCAUCCGGACUGGAACCGGUGUAGACAGAAUGUAUGCAACCGAUUAGCCAGUCGCAAGGCUGUCGGUCAGAUGUAUAAGUUUUCUGCGUGCCCAACCUUACGAUCAUCUCCCAGCGCACGAACACAUAAUCCACCUAACAGAUACCCUGUCGACGUGAUUGCUCCAACAUAAACAUCAUGGCUGUUCCCAACUCGUACUUUGUUCCAGGCUUCGGCAUCUCGAGAGCUGUUAUCCAGAGCGAAAUACGCUACCAUUGCGGCCCGGAUGCAAUCGUUCGACCAUACACCUUCCAGGGACGCGACGGGUUUCUGAUAACCACUAUUGGACCACCAUUGACCAAGGCACAAAUCGACGACCUAAAGUUGUCUUCUUUAGAAUACGAAGAGAAACAGUCUCGCAUCGCCGACGAGUCUAAUGUCUUCGUAAACGCACCUAUCCCAAUAAAUCAACGGAUACGACGGAGUACAUGACCGCGGCAGAGAACACAGCUGUGGAUUUCGCUUCAGUUCCCGGUCUAGGAGUUCGAAGAGCAUUCGCCCUAUACCCAUAGUUCCACGUAUUAUACGUUCAAUCUCUUUUCGUCAAGUAUUUUUUUUAGCGUGCAUGUCUUCCCAGGGCGGAAACGAGUCGACGAGUUUAUGGUAUACGGAUUUAUAUGAAGUCUCGGUAUUUCGGUUUGGCGUCUUCGGUCUUGUCAGAAUGGAUAACACACUAGCCACCACUUUACUGUUGGAGGAGCGCAGCAAAAUGUAUUCUAGUCCCAACACAAAAGGGUCUUUUU